CAUUGGACACGAGAUUUUACUUGAAGUUUCCAGAAAAUAUUCUAAGUCAAACAGCAUUAGUAUUUGACUGCGAUCGUUCGAGUGUUUGUCGUUAUUGACUCCAAUUUUAUUUUAAUUCAUUUUUAAUCAACUCAAUUUAUAAAACCGACUAUACAACUCAUUAGUGUUGAAUUACUUGCAUAGCUAACUCAUUUUUAUUCCUCAAUUAAUACAUAAGAUCACAAAUAUAUAAAUUUCUUAUUAUUACAAUAAUCAAUCAACUGUGAAGACUUGGAGAUUUUUUUGGAGGGUUAAGACAAGUCUAAAGUAGUUGAAUCACUGUCUAUAAGUAUAAAAUGGCAAAGUGGGGCCAGGGUGAUCCAAGGUGGAUUGUUGAAGAAAGGCCUGACGCUACUAAUGUCAAUAACUGGCAUUGGACUGAAAAAAAUGCCUGUGCUUGGUCGUUGGAGAAAAUCAAAGAGUUAUUUAAGGAUUUACAAAUUAAAGGAGACGGAAUACAAUGUACAAUAACAGAAGUAGAAACGUGUGAUGGUGAAGCAGUGGCCAAUAACAGAAAGGGCAAGCUUAUAUUUUUUUACGAAUGGAAUAUAGUGUUGAAAUGGGUAUACGAUCAUAAGAAAGAAAUUGAAGGCAAAAUAAAUAUUCCUAAUCUAUCUGAAGAAAACGAUAUUUCAGAAGUAGAUAUUGAGAUUACAUUGAAAAAUAGUACAAAUGAAGGGGAGAAGAUAAAACAUUUUCUGCACUCAAAGGGAAAAGAAACUAUACGGAAACGACUGAAAUCUUAUGUUUCUGCGUUGAAAGAAGAAUUUUCGAAAGGCAUGAUUCUUCCAAAGAAAGAUAGUGAUACGAAAAACGCAAUUAAUUCAUCAACAACAGUUAACAAUGUUAAAGCACAAAUGAAUAAAACGAUCACGUCAAAAGAUAAUAAUAAAUCGGUAGGAUGCAAGAUUGACACAGUUACUAUAAAACAACAACAAAAAUUCCAAUGUAGAGCUGAAGAAUUUUACAAUGUUCUUACUACUCUUGAGAUGGUGCAAGCUUUCACAAGAAGUUCUGUGAGACUAGAGCCUAAAAAAUCUGGAAAAUUUGAAUUAUUUGAUGGUAAUAUUUACGGUGAAUUUGUAGACAUUACACCAACAAAGAUUACUCAAAAAUGGCGUCAUAAACAAUGGCCAGAUGGACAUUUUAGUGAAGUUACUAUUGACAUUAGUGAAAAGAGUGAUCAUACGGAAGUUAAUCUCACGCAAAUUGGUGUUCCUUCUAGUGAGGAAGAAUCAACAAAAAAAAAUUGGGAGCGAUAUUAUUGGAAUGCUAUAAAAUGUACGUUCGGAUUCGGCUACUUUAUGUGAUCAAUUUGUCCUUAUGCUGUAUUUAUUUAAUGAUAAGUAGAAUUAUAUAUAAACAUUUGAAGCUACGUUCAUUUCAAUGCUUGAAAAACAAUCAGGUCUUCAAUCGAAUACAAUUCACACGUAAUCUGAUCAUUUUUCUUUGCAUCUAAAAUUCAUCAUCAAUCAUGUUUAUAAUACGAACCAAUUGGUAACGAACAAGAGAAUGAAAUAAAUUCAAGUGUAUUAUACACAUCGCUACAGUGAAUAAAAAUCAAUUCACAAGAAAA